UUUUGGGUAAUUGGUAGAGUAUAAAAUUAUAACGCGAUGCAAAGUGUCAGUGAAUUUUUGGAUUCAAAUCUUACCGGACGCGGAUUUAAAUCAAAUAUUAAAAAGGUUAUACUCCUAAAAUAGCCUAGCCCACGAAAAGAACCAAAUCUGAAAGAAAUUAGAGAGUAACUAAGUAAAAUAGAUAGUUGGAUCAAUACCCUAUUUAAUGUUUUGAGUUAAUCUUUGCAUCUAUCUUGGGUUCAUGUAGGUUGCUUGCGGUGUUACUGAAAAACUCAAAGAUUCUAUCCCAGACAUUGAUGCAUCAGAUAUCGGUGAUCAACUCGUUGUUGUUGACUAUGUUGAGGAUCUCUACAAGUUUUAUAAGAUUUCUAAGGUUAGAUUAUUCAUUCAUUUUUGUUGAUAUUGUACCACAAUUUUGCCUGUUUAAGUAUUGACUGUGAUUGUUUGUAAUAUCUAUGCAGCAAUCUAGCAUGCCUCAUGACUAUAUAGACUCUCAGACAGAGAUUAAAGAGAAAAUGAGGGCCAUUGUUGGAGAUUGGCUGAUUGAAGUGCAUCACAAAUUUGAGCUGAUGCCGGAGACUAUCUACCUUACUUUCUAUAUAAUUGAUCGAUAUUUGUCAAUGAAAAAAGUUCUGAGGAGAGAAUUGCAGCUUGUUGGUGUGAGUUCCAUGCUCAUUGCCUCCAAGUACGAGGAAAUUUGGGCUCCACAGGUAGAGGAUUUCAUAUGCUUAUCAGACCGAGCAUACAGCCAAGAACAGAUCCUGGCCAUGGAGAAAUCAGAUAUUAGUGUCCAUUUCUGAGAGGAAAAAUGGUUACGUCAUAACUUUUUACAUAGCUUAUUCCCUCAAGCUUAAAAAUGUCUUAUCAUUCAAUUAAAUACGUCUUUAUGAGAUAUUUUAACCUCCAUGAAUCUAAUCUACUCGUAAUUCUCUGCAAAUUCUCCUCUCAUUUACGUUAGUCGGGUCAUCAGCAGUAGUAGUAUUUCCAUCAAUAAUAACCAAGUACAGAUCAAAUAGGGAAAAUAAUGGAAAUAAUAAUCAACAAGAGCAGAAUUAAAUACCUGUCGAUGGACAUGAUUGGAUGUAUUGUUGUUGGUCUGACACCAACGGAGGUUUUUGUAAUUGGAGUUGAUGACGAUACGAUAUCUGCUUUCUUUUGAAAAUAAGAGGAGGUUAGCUCAUGGUCCUAAAAACCCUAUUAAUCAAAGUUCGCAAUGGCAGAAACAAGAUAAGUAUAAGAUGGAGGCUUUACUCAAAUUCAUGAAAAGUCUAAGGUAUUUUGAUGAAAUUAAGAUAAAAAGCCUGAACAUAGCACUUACAGCACCAAGUAGUUUUUUUGUUCGCUAUGCUGCUUAUGUUUGUAGGAUGUAGACUUUAAGAACUGACCUAUCCUUUCCUCUUAUCUGAGUUUUUGUUCUUCAA